UCAACAGUUGAGCUCAACAAGCUUUGCUCCUCGACCCUCUCUCUUCCUUUCUCACUCGAGGUUCAGACCUAGCUUGGAUCCUGCUUAUUACUAAAGGCAAACUGCUGGUAAUGUGCUAGCACAUGGCCAAAUUGGCGAUCACACAACCUCCCCCAUAACCCACCACUCUCCUCCACCACCACCAUCACACGACCAUUCCUACCGAACCAUGGAGAAAUUCACCCAAUUCCGAGAUCGAGGCUCGGGCAUUGCACCCUUCCUCCCCAUCCCCCCUCAGCCCAUCAGCUACCUCCAGAUCCCCGUCCGCAUUGUGCUGUUCUGGAUCCGACUGCCGCUCUUUGUGUUCGCCUGUCUGAGUUACUUCCUGGUGCUACAAUGGCUCCCGAUCGGAUCGCUGGGCAAGAAGGCCUCCCUCUGGUGCAUUCUGGGGAUCCCUAGUAUCUGGUGGAUUGAUCUGCAGGUGGACGGUGUGCGAAAAGGAUCCCUGCACAGACAAGACCAGACCCGCCUCCCCGGCCCGCGAUCCAUCAUCGCCUCGUCCUUCACCUCCCCGAUCGACCCGCUCUACCUGGCCGCGAUCUUCGACCCCAUCUUCACAGCCUGCUACCCCAACACCUCGGAAGUCGAACAGAUCUCGCUCUUCCAAGCGAUCCUGCGCGCCUUCAGCGCCCCGCGGCCCGCCGCACCCCCGGCCCAUAAGCUCACCACCCUCGACGCCCUCCUCCGCAAGUACCCCGGCCGCGCCCUCGUCACCUUCCCAGAGUGCACGACCACCAACGGCCGCGCCAUCCUGCCCCUCAGCCCGGCGCUGCUCACCACCCCGCCCACCACCAAGAUCUACCCCAUCAGUCUCCGCUACACCCCCGUCGACGUGGUCACCCCGCUGCCCGGCAGCUACCUCAGUUUCCUGUGGAACCUGCUGAGCAAACCCACGCACUGCAUCCGCGUCCGCAUCGCCGGCGGCGUGACGCCUACCACCUCAACCUCAGCCUCAACCACCGCCGCAGCAUCGACCGGCUCGUCGACCCGCAGAAACUACGACACCAACUACCUGGACACGCUGGACGCCUCGACCCGCAGCGCCUCGUCCUCCCCGGAGGCGACGGGCGUCUCCGACGCGGCGCUCCUCGACCACGUCGCGGACUCGCUGGCGCGGUUAGCCCGCGUCAAGAGGGUCGGGCUGAGCGUGAAGGAGAAGGUGGAUUUCGUCCGUGUGUGGACGCGGGGCAGGUGGGUCUGGUAGGGUUAGCCUGGCCUUUGUCUUCCUUCCCUUUCUCACGUGCUGGUCCAAAGCCCAUGUUGUGUAUGAAAUGAACCCGGUAUUCUCCUGAUAGUGGAGCCUCGUGGAAUGUAUUCCCCUUCUUCUUCUUCUUCCUUCUUCUUCCUCGGUCAUGCUAGUGCAGUCUCAGAUUCGAGGGAUUGUCAGUAAGUCUGUAUGUGGAAUGAGAUUCGUGGGGUCCUGAAUGGUGUGUAGGGUGGGAGUGGACGGUCUCCAGCUAAUGGGAACGCGUGAGCGUACGCAUGCGGGUGUCUGUGUCCAGUGGUGGCGGUGGACCGAUUGUUCUUACGCCUCAACCUAUGGAUUCGGGGAUUGCGGGGGUUCUUGCUUCUUACCCGGAGCUAUGGUCAUUGCUAUGGCUAGGCCUUGCUACGGCAGAGAGGUAAGCAGGUAGGAAGCUAGGUAAGACGGUAGGGAGGUAGGGAUGUUC